UCUCAGGUAACAGUCUAAAAAUCGAUUUCCGGUCAAAGUCAAAAUGUUGCCUCAAAUUACGAUGGAUGACGUGCUGAAAUCUGUUGGUUUUUGUGCAGUUUAUGUCCUUUUGAUGAGCCUUAGUUGUGUCCUUUGUGACAGUUCAGAGCUGGAAGAAACAGAAUCCAUAGACAGAUUCAAGUUAGAAGGAAAAAUUGAUCUGUUUUCAGCUGGCAAAAACAAAGAUUGGGUUGUACAUGCACGCGUGUUUGUUGAUGGCGGGGACUACGUGGGAUUAUUAAAAAGCGAUGGAUCUUUUGUUAUAAGUGGUUUACCGUCAGGAUCUUACGUGGUAGAAGUGUCUCAUCCAGCCUUUAUAUUUGAUGCAGCCAGAGUAGAUAUAACAUCGAAAGGGAAGAUACGAGCAAGAAAGGUUAAUUAUUUACAGCCAAGUCAAGUAAAAUCACAGACGUAUCCAUUGUUUAUACAGGAAAGACAGAAAACGAAAUAUUUCCAAGACAGAGAACAAUGGAAAGUAACAGAUUUCUUAUUUAAUCCAAUGGUAUUAACAAUGGUAUUACCUCUAUUACUAAUUAUGGUAUUACCCAAGUUAAUGAACGCAGCAGAUCCUGAGGCUCAACAGGAAAUGCAGAACCAGAUGAAAGCAUUAAAUGAUAAAUCCAAUUUACCAGACUUAUCAGAAAUGUUUGCCGGACUUUUUGGCGGAGGUUCAAAGAAACAAGCAAAGGCUAAGGCUAUAAAGAGAAGAUAAGUUCCCGUUCCAUGUGAUCUUAAUUUAACUAUACAGAGGAAUCCAUGUAAACACACUAUGGACCUGUUAAAUGGUCAGUCAUUUUCUUGCCACAACUGUGAGUGGUAUUGACAAUCUUUUAAAAGUUUUAUCUUGACUGUAAAUGGCAGUUAUUCAUGAUCUGUUAACUUACAGGUCUGCUUUUUAAAAAGAUUAAAAACUCCAAUUUUGUGUAUUGAUUUACACAACACAGUUAACUGUUAACAGCCCUCCAAAUAUUCACUGUAUGUAAAUCACCCAAACUAACAGUCAUUAACAGUCAAGGUAUAAGUUACAAAAGAAAGUCAAUGUUAUUCCUAUGAACAGUUACACAGAAAAUGACUGUACAACUUAAACACUUAAAUAUUGUUUGGUUCAUAGUGAAAGUAUCUGACAUUCCUCAAGGUUCAACAUAUGAUAGUCAUUUUAUAAUUGUUAUAAAUAUUGCUCAUGUAAAUAAAGGUACAGUGUAAAUAUGAUGUUUUAAAUUCCUUCAACUAAAGUAGAGUAUCAAGUAUUGACUGUAUUUGUCCAAAUAACUUAUUACUGUGAAUUCAAUAUUAUUGCAAUUUUAGGCUUAAAUGCGAUUUUACUUUUUACAAUUUUGAGAAAACUCCUAUUUAAUUCAUAUGAAAUAUUUCAAAAUGGGAGUUUGAAUUAUUGCGUUUACAACUCUGUCGCAUUUUUCGCUUUAAUUAAAACCUUGCAAUAAUGUCUGAAUUGAUAUUAUUGAUGUGCAAAUGAUUGGACAAUGUAAUUUGAUGAUGUUUUAACAUAAUGAUGUAUAUAUCUUCAAUGUUUUUUCCAUAAUUUCAAUGAAUUUAUCUUAAUUUUUUGUUGGACAAUAUGCAUAUAUUACACAUUCUUUCUUUCUUUUAACAAAAAAUGUCUCAAUUGUACAGGUAUGUACCUGGUACAAAAAUACAAUUUUCAGUUCAAAUAAUGUAAAAUAACAAUGCUAUGUUUUAAUUUUUGUUUUGAUAAACAUGAUAAAAUUUAAUAUAACAAUGAUUUCAAACACAAACAAAUUCUGAAUUAUUUUUUACUGUUCUUAGGCAAUAGAUUUGCUGUAAGCAUGAUAAGAUUGUUUUUAUCCAUAAAUGUUGAUUAUUCUUCAUAGAUGUUUAAUGUGUAAUGAAUUAUACCCACCAAAUCAGAUAAGCCUACUAACAUGCUUGAAUAAUAUAAUUUUGCAUGUAACGUGUCUUCUGAUAGGCUGAAUUUAUUUUGAUAUGAGCCCAUAGAUGAUAGAAAUAAUUAAGUCAUGUGACCGUGACGUCAUCAAUGUUUUUUCAUGGUUUUCUACGGUUCAAAAUGGAAUUUAGAAUUAAAUUAUAAGAAAUGAUUGUAAUAUUUUUUCUGUCUAUUAGAAAUAACAUAAAAAAAUGUGGUGCCCACUGUUAAAUAACCCGCUACGGGCGUUAUUCAGUGUGCAUCAAAUUUUUUAUGUUAUUUCUUCAUAGGAAGAAAAAAUAUUACAGUCAUUCCUUAAUGGUACCUAAGGGAACAUGUUAUUUACAGUUAAUGAUAUAAUAAAACAUUCUUAUCAUUUAAGCCAAGUUUGAUAUUUCUACAUGAAUCAAAACAAGACUGAUAUUCUAUAUUGUAGUUUUCACUUUAUCCCAACACUAACAUGUUUUCUUUACAACUGUUAGUGACAUGCUGUCUUCAAAUUUAAAGAUUAAAUAACAAAAACAGCUAUUCUAUUUUUUUGUAUCAUGUUUCAAGUUUCUUUCUGUUUUAUUGUAAUUGUUUCAAUUGUUUGAAUUUGUUGUCCUUAUUUUAUCCUGAUGUCAAUUAAUUCAAAGUACAUAUGUGAACGGUAUAGUUGAAGAUUUUCCAUCCAGUCAGACUGUUAAUGUUAAACUAGAAAUAUUUCUGUACUUUCUGUCAGCAUGUUGGAAUGGAUUGAAAAAAAUGAAAUGUGCAAUACAUAUACAUCUAUUAACAGUUAACAGGCUAUUAUUUGAACUUGGAUUUAUUUUUAUUUAUUGAAUUUGCAUAAUUUCUUGUGCUUAAAAAUUCCUUGUUUAUUCUGUACUUUAUUGUUCUGUGCCGUGAAGAACACUUUCUAUUUACAAAGAAAAAUGGUACAUUUUCAAUAGAAUGUACUGAGUCACCCUCAACUCUAUCUAUUCAAAAUACAUGGAAAGUGUUAUGAACUGCUCAAAACAUUAUGAUACCAAAUAAAACCUGGAAUACAUGGAAUUUAUUUAAAUUCUAAGUAUAAAAAGUUAUGUUAAUUCCAUAAACUCUAAAUAAUUCCAAGUUCAAAUAAUAGCCUGUUAGUUAUAUAUUGUCUUUCAUUAUAUUUAUUUGGCACCACAUCUUUUCCAUCAAAAAUGCCUGGUUUCUUAUUGACCUAUUAAUAUGUUUGAUAUAUUUUAAUGUUAUUUAUGUGCACCAUCUGUAUGUAAAAUCCACUUUCAGGGGGAGAUAACUGCACAAUUACACCAUAUUUAUGUGUUAUACAUGUAAAUGUGUUGGUUUUUUAAAUUAAAUAAAUAGAUAAAUGCAUUUGGUUAAUUUUCUAUUGAGUUACUGGAGACACUAAUAAUAAGAUAUUUUUUUAAUAGGUUCAGUUGCAUAUACAUAAUAGUAUUCCUUGUUUUCAAAAUUCCAAUAGGGAACAUACUUUAUAUAACGCAUAAUGUCAUAAUAGUAUUUUCACCAUAUUUAUGAAAUAUCAAGAUAUGAUUUUUGACAUUACUAAAGGAAGGAUCACAUUUUUUUUAAUUUUCUUCAAAUGAUGUGUUUAACUGUGAUAUUAUAUUUGUUUUAUUGAACCAGAAUAAAAAUUCUGUCAAUCUUCAUUUAUUUCACUUCAAAUUGAACUUGAUGUGUUUAAACUUAUUUUCAAAUACUUUUACUUUUUGGCUGAUGUAAAUUGUAAAUUUUAUUUCUCAAAAACAAAUGUUAAAAAUGGGGAAAUUUGUAAUAAUACAGAAAAUCUUAAAAUCUUUGCAGAUUUGUUGUGAAUUAACAUAAUGGUUUUCUUAUACAAUAAAAGGAAAUUUUAUAAUUAUUUGAUUUAAGUCUGUUUGCAAAACUUGCAUGUAUGUAUGUUAAAAAUAUACUCAGGUCAUGUGCUUUCUUUUAUUAUAGUUCUUUAACACUUGGACAUGUGAUUUGAUUAAAAUUAUUGAACUGCAGACAAUUUGUGAAUGUUUGUUGAUUUUUAGUACAUGUAAAUUUUCUUGUCUGUUAUGUAUAUAAAGAAUUUAUCAUGCAUUUAUGUAUUUUUGCAAAUGUGGUUAAUUUAAACAGUUUUUAUACAUAUUAGUAUAAAGAUUUGACAAAGACAUUUAGGAAAUAUUAAAAACACAAGCAAAUUUUGUAAGUUCUUUUCUGAACUUCUAAUUCAUAACACAUUGUAGAAGUCAAAUCAAAGUAAAAUGUAAAUAAAGACACAAAGGUUAUCAUGGUUAUCAGACGUAUUAUUGCCUAUAGUUUUACAAGAGAGUUGACAAAUUUGAAGUACAGAUUUUUCCACCUGCUCAUUAUAUCAAGGAUUGUGAUUAUAUCUCCCAGAGUUACUGUUUUAAACUUGUAUCCUGUACCUAUUGUUAUUAUUUAAUUAGAACAACUUAUUUGUACACCACUGUACAAUAAAUAUGUGUAAAUUAUGUCCUCUUUGUAAAUUAAACUUUUGUAAUAAAAUUUAAACAGAGAAAGCAA